UUUCAGUGAAAGUAUGUGUGGAUAGACGUGGAAAACGUAUCGGUGUCUAGUGAGCUGUAGGUGCUGCAGGCUGUCAGCGGGCGUCAUCGUUUUUUUGUUUUUUUCUGUUGUUGUGACGGCGCAAACCGGUGAAGCGACCUAUGAGUCAGCAGCUGAUCGGGGGUUAAUUUGACCUAACAGACCUAUAUAUCAAAACAUAUAACCAAACGAGCUCUGGUUGAAACAUCUGCACCGGACAAGUGCUUGUUUUGUUUUUAUUUAACGGAGCCAUUCGGUUUUCAGAGGAAGCAAUGGCAGUCCCGGUAGCUGCCACAUUACAGCUGAGCACAUCAGCAAGCCCGCCGGGUCUGCUUGAGCACAACAUUCACAUCAGAGACAGAGAUUUGGGAGGCAUUUCAAGUAAUAAAGAAAUCGACACACUGCCUUUGCAUUCUCCGUGGACUUUCUGGCUUGAUAGAUCUCUACCAGGGACAACAGCAGCUGAAUGUGAGUCAAACCUGAAGAAAAUCUACACGGUGGAGACCGUCCAGAACUUCUGGAGAGUUUACAACAACAUACCUGGCGUCUCCAGCUUGCCACUGAGAUGUAGCUAUCAUCUGAUGAGAGGUGAAAGAAAGCCCCUCUGGGAAGAAGAAAGCAACGCUAAAGGCGGUGUUUGGAAAAUGAAAGUGCCAAAAGAGUGCACCUCUGUUGUGUGGAAGGAGUUGCUAUUGGCUACGAUUGGAGAACAGUUCAGUGAUUUUUGUGCCUCAGAUGAUGAAGUAGUUGGCGUCAGUGUCAGUGUACGAGACAGAGAAGAUGUGUUUCAGGUGUGGAAUGGAAAUGCUUUGUGUGCCACUGAGUCAAAAAUCUUAGGAAGAAUCAAUGAGCUCUUGCCACAAAUACCCUUCAAAGCAGUGUUUUACAAACCACACGAGGAGCACCAUGCUUUUGAAGGAGGACGAUCAAGACAUUAGCACAUUUUGCACAUCAGACCCUUGAGAUAUUAUUUUUUUGUUGUUGUUGUUGCUUAUGUUUUAGACCAUAAUAUUUGGGCAAAUUUUGAAGCAUUUGGGUUGAAGCUCAUAGUUCUCAAUGUAUCAUCUUAAUUACCUCAAAAUGUAGCCCAUGUAUUAUGACUUGCAAUUGAUGGAAUUCCCCAUCUCCUGAGCACUACUGUCACUCAAAAAUAUCCAAAAUACUGUUUUAGCCGAAAGCAAAAUCACAGUUUCAUUUUAUUAUCUAUGGCAGUGUUUGUAUGUUUUUAUACUGCAACAUUUUGCAAUACUGUAACCAAAAACAAUAGAUCAUGUACAGUCAAAUGUUUUUAGAUGUAUUAUAGCAUAUUUUUCCUGAGCACAAACAAAACUAGGUCUUUAAGUUAAAUCUCAUUUUUGAAUCUGAGAGGCCUAGUUCCACAAAGCAAACCUUUAACAAUACAUGACAACGCUUUUCUAGUCAGUUCUUUAUUCUCUGUUUUGUAUGUCAUAGCCAAAAUACAGUUGCCUAUCCUGGAGAAUGUUGGUAUGCUGUAACGCUAGUAUUUGAGCAGAAAAUUGCACACUUUUUUUAUUUACUUCUUUAGGAUAUAAAUGGAUUGUGAAAAGAAAAUGUUACAUGUUACAAUAAAACGACCUCAGUAAACAAAACAUUAUGAGUAGAUACUGAGAAAUAUAUGCAAUCAUUUCCAUUAUGUAGAAUUUGCAGCAAAUUUGCAGUCUUGUGGUUGUAAUUCUGUUGAAGCUUCUGCCCUAAAUCGAGCACUUUGUUUCUUACAUCUAAGACAUCAGACAGUCCCUCCAGGGUUAAACAGAAAGUGUGAUAACUGACACCAAAUACCCUUUGGCUUUGUGUCACCUUUUCUGAUGAAGUCUAACGCUGUUUUUAUUUUUAUUUGUUUUAUUUGUUUCUUUGUCAGCUUUUAAUAGAAACAUCUGAGACGUGUGAAUGGCACAGUUGAAAUGACGUGUUAUGUUUUUUUUUUUAUAUGUUCAUAAAACCUGUGUUUAGAAUUAACCUGUGAAACCUUCACCUUUAAUAAUAGAUAAUAUUGGCCCCAGGAUAAAUGAGCAAACAUAUGACACAGAAAUCUGUCACAGUGGUACAAAAAAAGAAAGUUGAUGAUCUAAAUCUCACAUUAUUUUAAGGCUGCGCGUGGCAGUUUUAGUGUUAUUGUACAAAUCACUGGUGUUGAUGAAGUGAUGCAAUCACUGUAGCAGGGUCAAAUUUGUAAGUAAAAAAAAUCAAUCAGAUGGUUUACUACUGCUGCAUUAAAACAAUUUCAGCUUCUUUCAAAUCCAUAGCUUUAAAGUUUCCUCUUUUUGUCUCAUACAGUACCAGUCAAAGGUUUGGAAUUUUCCGAUUAUGAGAAAGUGUGUUCACUUUUGACUGGUGCUACAUGUAGUCAGGUGUAUUUGUGUUAUUAAAAAAUCAUAAUCAUAUAAGUGAAAUGUUGUAAUUUAGGAAGUUAAACUAUUAUACAUCUCACCAAAGGCGCCUUUCCUGUGUGUUUGUGUGUGUGUGAGUGUGUUAGUGAGGGAGUGAGAUGGACUAUUCUAGACGGCAUAGAGCAGAGCAGAUUUUCAUGUGUACUAGUACUAUAAUAUUAAGACAUUUUAGGUCAUUUUUACAGAGCUAUGGAGUACUGUAUGCAUUGAAACCCACAGACAGACUGCUUCUAUGGAUCUCAAUCAAAUCAAAUGUUCAAGUAUUUAUAAUGCUGGUGGCUUGCCAUGUAUUCUCUUCUCAAGUCAAGAAGACCACUGACUUUGCCAAACUUAACAUUGCUUUAUUCUCCCUUAUGCUGUUCUGCUGUCCAUGUAAUAAUAUUGAAAGCACAUACUGUAGGAUAAGAGAAUUACUGUACCCUUGCACAUAUGCAGUCGACCACUCACUUAAGAUCUCAGACCUUGUAACUGAUUGUUGAUCUUGGAUGGUGCCUUGUGUUUACCAGCAGUUUAGAAUGUUACAGUCAUCUGUGUUCAGCAUGUUUGAAUUGUAUCUAGUCAUGUUUCUUUAUUAGUUUUACACGUGUUUGAAAAAUAAAGAUGCCUAAACCUCA